AUGGGAGACUUCCAGCACGAAGACAACUUCUGCCUGCUCCAAGGCUUCGAGUGGAACGUCCCCGCAGACCGCAAGCACUGGCGGCGCCUGCAGGCCGCGCUCGACGGACUCAAGGCCGUGGGCGUCGACAACCUGUGGCUCCCGCCCGCCUGCAAGGCCGCGGGCGGCGACCAGGCCAACGGCUACGACAUCUACGACCUCUACGACCUCGGCGAGUUUGACCAGAAGGGCAGCACCGCGACCAAGUGGGGCCCCAAGGAGGAGCUGCUGGACCUGUGCAGGGACGCCAAGGAGAAAGGCGUGUCGCUGUACUUUGAUGCCGUGCUGAACCACAAGGCCGGCGCGGACGACAAGGAGAAGUGCCGCGUGCAGGAGGUUGAUCAGUCCAACCGGACACAAGACGUUGGCGAGCCCCAUGAGAUCGAGGCAUGGCUGGGCUUCCAGUUCCCCGGCCGCGGCGACAAGUACAGCAGCCAAAAGUACCACUGGGAGCACUUCUCGGGCACCGACUACGACGCGAGCAACGACCGGACCGCCAUCUUCCGCAUCCUCGGCGACGGCAAGUACUGGAGCCACUCGGUCGGCGACGAGGACGGCAACGCCGACUUCCUCAUGUUUGCCGACGUCGACUUCUCGCACCCAGAGGUUGAGAAGGACGUCAUCAACUGGGGCCACUGGGUCGUCAAGGAGCUCGGCCUCAAGGGCUUCCGCUUCGACGCGUGCCAACACUUUUCUGCGCGCUUCACGGCUGAAUUCAUGGCCAGUCUUGACAAGGAGUUCGGCAAGGGCCACCUGUUCAACGUCGGCGAGUUCUGGUCCGGCGACGCAGGCGAGAUGCUCAAGUACCUCGACCAGAUGGACCACCGCUACUCGCUGUUCGACAGCCCGCUGGUCUACAACUUCUCGCGGAUAUCGCAGACGGAAAAGGCGGACCUGCGCAAGGUGUUUGACGGCUCGCUCGUGCAGGAGCGGCCCGAGAGCGCCGUCACCGUCGUCAUGAACCACGACACGCAGCCCGGGCAGACCGUAGCGACGCCCAUCGAGGGCUGGUUCAAGCCCCUCGCGUACUCGCUCAUCCUGCUGCGCAACCAGGGUUACCCAAGCGUCUUCUACGGUGACCUCUAUGGCAUCAAGGGCGAGCACGAGGAGCCCCCGGCAUGUGGAGGACAGUUGGCCGACAUCAUCCUGGCUCGCAAGCUCUACGCUUACGGCGACCAGAAUGACUACUGGGAUGACGCCAACUGCAUCGGGUUUGCCAGGCGAGGCACGCCCGAGCACCCGAACGGCCUGGUCUGUGUCAUGAGCAACGCCGAGCCUGGACAGAUCCGCAUGGCUGUCGGUGAGAUGCACAGGGGUGAGGUGUGGACAGACGUGCUGGGCUGGCAACAGGACGAGGUGCACAUUGGCGACGACGGCUACGCCAUGUUCCCUUGCCCGGGCACGUCUGUGUCCAUCUGGGUCAACCGGGAUGCGCCAGGUAGAGACCGCUUCGGCAAAUUGUAA